AUGUUGGGAUUGUCACAAAUCAGGAUUUCAUACAACAAUAGGAGACGAAUAGCUCAGGAUGACGAUGAAUUGGAAUAUCUCGAGAAUCAAGAAGAAAAAGACAGAAUAAAUCUGAACGAGAAAGCAACCGGACUUGCAAGCGAAUUUCUCAUCUUUGUCCAUCCAAACAUUACAGAAUGCAGCGAUUAUGGAUGGUGGAUAUUUGCGUCUAUAGCAUUUUUUAUGAUUGUGGUGUACACCCUGGGACUUCCAAUCCAUUAUCUGGUUUCACUUCGCCGUCGCAGACACCGACUAGAUGAAGCAAAGAGUGUGGUGAUAAAGCGAUACACAGCAUGGAGAAGUCAUCUCAAGAGAGCGAAGGAUCUUCGUAUCCCAGAAGAUGAGCUCGCCGGAUCAGAGGAAAUAGCUCGGGUUGACAAGGAGAUUGCAGUCAUGCAUGCACAAUACCAACAAUUCAGAAACGAGUGGGAUCAGUUUGAGUUCAUAUUUGCAGACUACCAAAAUGAGUAUUAUUAUUGGGAGUUAGUAGAAAUGGCAAGAAAACAGUUGAUUGUUGCCUUCUCCGGUCUCUUACAACGCUUUGGGGAUGGCUAUGACAUUAUGUUUGGUUGUCUUGUGAGCUUUGUCUUUUUUGCAAUUCACUGCAGUGCGCUGCCCUAUGUGGAAGCCAGAGAAAAUUUCAUCAAAGGCGGCGAAAUUGGAACGACCUAUCUUACUUUGUUUUCUGCUCUUUUGAUUAUGCUCGCAACGGCAAGUCCAGAAUACGACACUCCCCUCCUCGCGAAUGCCUUGACAGGAAUUCAAAUUCUUUUCAUGUCUGUUGUUAGCAUCAGUGUUGGGUGGAAUGUUAGAGAAGGAUUCGCUGAGAUAGAAAGAAUGCGUCUAGAAAAGGAGGAAGAAGAGAGUGGCGGUCAAGAGAAAAUGACGAUUUACUCUGUGAUAUUUGCAGUCAGGCUCGUGAACAAUGCGGUGCGGAAGAAGAUCCAAAAAAGAUAUGAAUUAGAAGCAGCGUCUACGAUAGGAGGAGACUCUCUUUUGUCCAGCUCGAUCUCAUCUCACGGACGCUUGAGCUCUGGAGCACGAACGCCUGAGCCAUGGGAAGAAACUUCCGAGGGGUCGGAUGAGGCUGUUUCUGCUCAAAAUAGAGAUCGCUGGACAACUCUCAUAGAUAAACUGGUCCGUAUUGACCAGAUUCUAGAACCAGAGUUGUCAACCCAAGCCUCUGAGAUUGCCAUGAUGUCUGAGGAUACUGCAUCUGUGCUGAAUGAUUGGUACAUGGACCAAGAUCCCACAUCGGAUGAUGCAAGGUGA